AUGAACACAGUCGCAGGGCUCCAGACCGCUCUGAGCAACAUCGAGUCUGAAAAGAUCACUGAGCGCAAAGCCGGCCAGGACGCCCUUCGCGAGAUCUUCGCUAACAGAGAAAACCUCCUCGUCUUUCAGGAAACUGCAACUCUGGAAGGUGGAGCAGGAUGGGUCGCCCUUUUCCAGAGCCUGUUUCAAGGUGUCGUCCUCGAGAAGAAGGUCGUUUUGCGGAAGCCUGCGGCAGUCGGUACGUACCCUCCACAUUCUACCUCCACCGAAUCCCCAUCAUUGAAAGGAAUCGAGCUGACAACGACAGCCGAGCGAAGGCUGAUCCAGGCUGCGAACUUGGUCCGCACGACCGCGGAGCGAGCAGUGAAUUUACUAUCGCGUCGGCCAUUCCUCGCCUUGUUCACGCAUAUGACGACGUUGCUGGUGCACGAUGGGCGCAUAUUCGAACUCAUCGCGACGGACUACAUCAAGGCGCUGCGAACGCUCCUCUCCUACCCGCCGCAUCUGCAGCAUCUCGAUGCAGGAAGCUGGCGGACUCUUAUGAGGAUUUGCUGGGCAGCCUUGCUCGGAGAGUACGUGAGCCUUGAGGAAGACGAUGAAGGCUCGGCAAGCGAUUCUUCUCUCGCGCCAACGCGCCAAAAGGUUGCGCUCUCCGCAUCUGUCGCCAACGAGCUCAUGACGCUGAUUCCGAUUCUCGUCGCCAGUCCAGCAGCGCCCCUUCUUCCGCCGUCCCAUGAGCAUAGUGAGCCCUCCGAUGCUGGGUCUGGGUCGGGGAUCUUGCAGAAGAUCAGUCGCUACAUUAGGAAGCAGAGUGGUGCACCGCUGCCACUCGAGAUCUUGCGCACCCUCAAUACGGUUCUGGGCGAGAUGGAACUGAACUCAAGAGAGGACUUCCAGGCAGCGUCACUCAAGUUGUUCCCGCAGCUUGUGGACCAAUGGAUUGCAACGAGCCGAACGAACCUCGGUCUAAGAGAGCACAUCGUCAUUGCCAUGAGGAUGAUGUUGCCCUUCAUCACGCACAUCACUGUCAAGGAUUUUGAUCAGCAAACCGCAGUGCGAAGCGCGAUGGAUAAGUUCAUUGACAGCAUUACCAAGGAAUCUCGAAGUCGCGCCGGCAUUCGACCACUAGACCUCGAUUCUCUGCAGCUCGUGUCCGUUUCGACUCAGGCGCCGUCAGCGCGACGAGGGCCGUUCGAGCUUACCGGUCUAACAGCGGGGUUCGAGUUUGAUGCCUCACAAGCGGUGUCAUGGGCUGCAAUUGAGCUGUACGCCGACUGCUGCUUCCAAACGUACAAGCAGAAUGCUGUCCCCUCCACGCCUUCGGCGUCCGCCCGCAAGCGUCAGAGGAUGGAGAGCAGCCUAGACAAAAUCAUGCACCUCACUCUGGGUAACGAUGAGUCGGAACGUCGGAUAGCUCUCCAGGUCCUCGUCUUCUUUUUCAACAAGCACUGGAAGAAUCUCGCCCCCGAUGCUCGAGAUUCGAUCCGACUCAAGAUGCUCGAGCUUCUUGACGAUGAGGACGCGGUACUUCAAUCCUGGGCGUACGUUGGUCUCUCGUCCCUGGCGCACGCUGAGAACGCGAUGGAGGCCGAGGAAAUCGCCAACAGAUCCUUGCCUAUGACACCGGCGGCUGUGGCUGCGCGUCGACGGCAAGAGCAGACUGCUUGGGAGAGAGUGUGGACGCAUGCGGUACGUAAGACGUCGUUCAUAGCGACAUCUCGAGCCGCUUGUCACGCAGUGGAUACGAUAAUACAAACUGGGAAGGUCGACAGCGCGCGCUGCGUGAAGGACGUCGGCAACCUCUUGAGAAAUGUGGACAUCCAGGGACCUCCGACAGUUACAGAUGCCGCGUGCGCUUUCCUCACGACCGCGGUUGAAAGUGUGAGGGCCGACGCCGGUCUUUACGCCGCGAAUCUGGAAGAAAAGGUGAUCGACUGGUUUGCAAAGACCUAUGAAGUGGAUGGUGGGAGCCGAUUGCGCAAUCGCAUGGGGUCUGCUACGACUGCUGGCAUUCUCAGGCUACUGGGCGCGAUUUGCGGAUUCUCGAAGGCGGCAAUUGCGGAUACGACAGUGGCGGAACAUCUUGUCGACAGCCCCGUGGUUAAUCGCCUCAUCCACGAGUAUCAAACAAAUGGCCUCCGCCAGCUGAUUCUCUAUGGCACCAUGCCCUCUGUUCCAGGAGAUGAAAUGGAGGCCGCGGUAUCAGUCGGUAUUUCUGCCAAAGAGGACAGCGAGUCAUUAGGCUUCCUCGAGGGUCGUCCUCGCAAGCUGUCGGACUUUCUCCAAGCUACCGCUCAGAUCACUGUCAAUGAGUGGUCACCCAAGGAUCAGCGUUCCUCACCUUUGACAGUCAUAAGGCUGCGCAAGAGUCUGGACGCGGUUGCCCUAUUGUUGACUUUUCAAGCUGCCGUGCAGCUCAACGGGUUUCGGCCGGAUACGACUGGGUGUAUCAUGACCGCCGUGAGGCUACUCGACACGGUGCUGCCUCAUUUAGGAUCACUGUCCGAGAACGUCGCCGCGCAGCACCUUGUAUGGCGUGGUGUCGCGCCGCUCUACAGUCGUCUCAGCUCCAAUAUUGAUGCUUGGCCGAUCCUGCUAAAACCAGAUCGGCCAUCAGGCAUUCGGAAAGACAAGCUUCCUCCACGGAGGUACGCCAGUCACAUACCCGAGGAUGGCGAGCACAAACCUGGCCCAUAUGAUGACCUGUUGUCCAUCGUCUGGCGAAAGGGUGAGGUGAGUCAGCAGGUGUUCCCCCACCACGCUAAUUUACAGACUGCAGACGCGCUUCUGCGACUGAUCGAGGUCAGUAAAACGACACUGGAGCAAGUCCGACCAAGCACGGUGGCAACAUCGUCUACUGUAGUCGGGUACAACGACGACGAUGACUUCGGCCCGAUCAUCAAUGCGGAGGUUGAUGCCAUGCCUCAAUCGUUCGAGGCGAAGGAGGCGCAGAGGACGAUCGCCUCUCUUACCAAGACUCUCGUCGAGCUCCGUCUGCGCGGCCCAUUGCUCGCCCAUCCUGAUCGUAUCCCUACCAAGGACAACGAUUUGUUCAACUCUUUGGCGACAGCGGACGGCACUCGAUUUCCUCAGCUCGGUUUCGUCAUUUGCGACGCCAUCCUUGAAGGCUCUCUCCGCCUUUCCGGAGCUGCUGUGAGCCUCAUUCUCGACGAACUGCACGAUCGCCUCACAACAUAUGCGUUCAAUCGCGAUGGUGACACGAUUAAGCUUGCGAUACUGUUUCUUGCCCGUUCAGCAUCGAUCUGGCUUGCUCCCAAGUUCGGCCUCACUGAUCUAGCUGUCGAACAAGCGAAAGAGAUCGUGCGCCUGGCAUCAACUGGCCGCCUGCACUCUUGGCAAGCACGACUUCAUCUCCUGCUCUUCAUCGACGAGUAUCUCGACUACGACCCAUCUUACGGCGCGUGGUUGCAAUUAGGCGACACCGACGAAGCCGAUAUUGAGAUGGGCGGUCACCAUGAGAGCGACUGGGGGCCUCUGAGCUACGUUCUGAAGGCCACGUUAGAUGUCGAUGCCCGCGUCCGAUUCCGCGCUGCCUCGUCAGCGGCUGCUAUUCACUACCUUCCGGACCUAUCCUCUGAGCGCAAAGCACAGGCGUACCUUGACCUCCUGCCCAAGCAGGUGAUGACGGUGUUCAACUGGGACGUCUUCUUGACCAAUCUCGUCUGGAAACUGAACACUUGCAUAGCGAGCGCUUUGCUGCGGUCGGCCACGAUCUUUCACCUCUACGAGGUUGCCGACUACAACCCCGACUUCCUGUCGCAUCUGCAGCCAGGUCUCGAAGCCGUGGCCCAACGAUUGGGGCUGUCAUCUCUCCAGCCACUCUACAUGUCACAUGCUAACACCAUCGUGACUCAGCAACUCCAGAAUCAACAACUACCGCUGCGCCUCGGUCCGACCCUUUACGGCUGUUCUUCUCAGAGAGAAUUCGCUCAGCUGUGCCUGAAUCUCGUCGGCUCGACCAUCCUGGCCACUCGACAAAACACGGCUUUCUUCGAUGCUCUUUGUGAAGCAGCCGAUGUGCCGAAGCAGCGAGCUUUGGGACGCUGCGUACCCGCUGCAGCCGCGAUGGCCGUCACCUACUCCUUCUCACAAGGCGAAACCGGGCGUGUGACCGCACAGCAGACUGCGAACGCCGAGGAUGUCCUGAAGCAGCUCCCUUCUCCCGAUAGUAGGAGCUGUGCCGAGUACCUCGCCGCCCAUUCCGAGAUUGUCAUGGCCAGCUUAUUUCCUCUCAUUGAUCUGGCGCUCUGCAAUUCGGAUAUCGCCUCGAUGCUCGCCGGCUUUAACGAUGACGGCAGGGCUUCGCAAUGCUAUGUCACUCUCACGGCCCACGAUGUUGAUCCACGUCACGCGCCAACCGUCCUCGAACCGCAAUACUCCUUCUGGGCCGUCCUUCAGGCUCUCUUGUUCCUGCGCACGAGGUUUCAGGAGACCCUUUCGCGGAGGCGCAUGGUGUUCUCUGCCCUGAUCAAGCUUUUCCACUCCAUCAACAGCUCCUAUUUGGUGAUUGAGCAGCGACGCUACCUUCGCUCACUGGCCCUGCUGGCUUCGCUGUAUCCUAAGGAGUUUCAGCAACCCAUGGUUCUGCAACAGUUCCUGCACAAUAUCAUCAACCUCUUAUCGAGCGAGGAUAACGGGCCCAUGCUCUUGGAUCUCAUUAGGCAACAGAACAAGGAGAUCGCCCCUGCGCUUGAGUACGCUAUCGUGUUCUGGCCACCUGAAUGGGCAAAGUACUUCGAGGAGACUUUCGAAUUGGGCUUCGUCGAUGUGGCGAAUAUCGCUGGGCGGCCUGCGACCAUGAAUCCGAUGGCACUGUGCAAGCGGCUCUCUGCCUCCGCGAUCAUCGGCAACAGGGCUCAAAAUCGCGAUACAUUCAUGUCGUCGACCUUUUGGCAUCUCAAGAAGGCUCUGACCGCUUCUGAGUGGGAUCGCAAUGGCAUUAUGGCGUUUUUGGAUUUGAUCUACAUGUCGAAUGGGCAAGUCAAGGCUCCGGACAUGCAGGCCAUCAAGUCCUUAGCUGGUCGCUCACAGCUCUCGGAUCUUGCCAAGGAUUACAAGGAUCCGAAAGUCGUGCUUCGGAUCACGGUCAUCGACAAAAUCGUCGAGCAGACCUCUGCAGACGAUUAUCAGCUCCGCACAACUGCUAUCGAAGUGCUGCAGACGGUGCUUCCGGUCAUCAGCCAGAUGUCGGAGCGACAGAAGAUGCCAACGCGCUUGAACGAGCUCGCCGGUUUGCUUGUCCCAUCGACCCCGACGUCCAGCUCCCAGGAGCAGGCUAUAGACACCAUACUCGAGGAAACGAAGGCCUGGGUGGUCAAGUCAAGAGUUUGCGACACUUGGGCGCGGGAUAUGGCAUUGCUGCUCAGCACUCUCGCAGCCAGAGACGACCCGUUUUAUCUCUCACUGCAGCCCUUGCUGUCAACGCCGGGUAGUACCACGACAGGCUUCCUCCCUUACCUCGUCCAGGCUGUCCUGUCAUGCGGGUUUGAGGAGCACUCCGACCAAUCUCUUCAUCGUGCCGCCGUGCUGUCAGACCACUUCUCUCAGGUGCUGCAGUACCCGAUGGCGGCGGCGGAGACACUCGAGGCAAUCAUCAACGUCGUUCUACACCUCCGAAACUUCCAGCCGCCACACCUCUCGAACGAUCUCGCAUACAAUCACUGGCUGAGCAUCAAUCCGCUCAUCUUGAGUGAAGCGGCUGGCCGUUGUGGCGCCUUUGCAAGCUCACUCCUCUUCCUGGAACUGUCCAACGAUUGGAAUGAUGGUGCGGGCUGCGACUUGUCGAGCCCCCGUGUCCAGAAUGAUCCCGAUGGAUUCUACGGCAUUCAGAAUAAUGAUGUGAUGGAUUCGCUCCUGCGCCGACUCGAUCACGAAGGUCAGCCUCUCAAUUCGCUUGGUUACAAUCUAGCCAACGUGGAGGCCGCCCCUGGACUCAAGUCUGGCCCGUCCUUGAUGUCUUCGAUGCGCAACCUGCAUGACCUUGGGUUUAACCGCCUCGCUGGUUCAGUCCUCCAGUCGUCUCGUCAAGCCCUAGGCGACUCAGAGGCGGACCCGUUCUUCCUCGAUUUAGCAUGGCGCAUGAGUGACUGGGACGUUCCCCUCACGCCAGAUAUGACCGCGACUCCAGCCGGGCAGUUUUACUCUGCGUUGCGAGCCGUGCAUCGGGAGCGUGACCGGUCGGUGGCGCAGCAAAUCGUCGAUGGUGCAAUUCGCAGUGAGAUGGCGAGGCUCGAGAAGAUCGGUGUCGAACGCAUGACCGAGGUCAAGAACGCAACUCUCAAUCUCCUAUGUCUCCGAGACAUCGCCAAGUGGCUCUCAGAACCCAUUCAGCAAGCGGUCAACGAGGGAGACUUUGCGAGCGGGCGUUUGGCUGACUUCAAGCAAGCCGAGAGACUCUCCGCAACACGACUGUCUCUCAUCCGAUCGUCGCGAGCACGCGAAAGCCAGACCAUGUUCGGCGAUCUCAUGACAGCGCAAGGAGAGGGCCUUGUCGACCUUGAGAUUUCCUGUCAACUGCGCCUCAGCCAUCUUGCGCGCAAAGAGCUGGACCUGCAGGCUGCUGUAAACGCCGUCAUGGCGGUCAGACAGUUGGAGGGAGCAACGCCUUCCGAACAUGCCGCUGACGAGUUUGGUCAAGUGCUCUGGGCCAAAGGCGAGCAUGGGCUCGCCAUUCAGCACACGCAAACGCUUUACGACGCAAUUCAAGCGUCAUCCAAAUCUGUCAACCAGGCAAGGUCUGCGAUUCUUCUUGGUCGCAUCGCGAACUGGACAUCGUUAGCCAAGCUGAAGGCGGCGGAAGACAUUCGCGCGUCGUUCCGUGAGGCCAUGAAGCUCGCGCAGAAGCACCGGUCGGACACGACGGAGCAGGCGCAACUUGCAUACGACUUUGCCGUAUUCGCGGAUCAACACUAUGUCGCCUUGUCCAAGUCGCCCGAGCUGGAGCGACUGACGGUUGUGAUGGACAGGAAGCGCGGCGAGCUCGAGAAGCUCGACUCCAUGCGCAGUACACCGAGCAGCAGUCGGCGCAAGGCAGACAAGGAGGAUUUGGAAUUGGAGGAAGAGCGCGCGGCUAAGGAGAAGAUGGACCGAGAGCUGCUGCGAUACCUCUGUUUCACCUUGGAGAGCUAUGCGUCUGCCAUCGCUUUAAGUGACAAGCACGACGACAGCAUCACUCGUAUGGUGUCGGUCUGGCUCGAGCACGACAGCACAGAGCACGCGCAGCGAAGCUUCAGCUCCCAUCUCGGUAUGAUUCCAACGCACAAGUUCAUCUUCCUUUCGCCGCAACUUGUUGCGCGACUGGAUCGGCCCAAGCAGCUGACGACGUUCAACGCCAACUUGAACGACCUCAUGCUGCGAAUGGCCCAAGACCACCCAUUCCACGUCCUCUACCAGGUCAUCACCCUUGCGCAGGGCUCUGACUACAAGAAGGGCGACGGCGCCGGACGCACAGCAGCUGCAAGCGAAAUCCUGGCCCGCAUCACGACGGACAGCGAACGGCCCAUUGCUCAGCGUGCGGGCAAGGAGAUGGACGCGUUCUCGUCGGCUGCAGUUCAGUGGUGUAACUUCGACUACGAAAAGCGCCGUAUCCCGAAACCCAAGACUAUGGCUCCAGCACCAGUGCCUUCCCAAUGCCCAUUGAUGCCGUUCAAGAGGCUUAGCAUUCCUGUUGCGACGUUCAUCCCGCCGAUCGACCUCACGUUGCAGUAUAUGAACGUGCCCACGCUCGAGCGCUAUAGGUCCAACUACCGGCUCGCUGGCGGCCUCCACCGCCCAGCUGUCAUGAGCUGUUAUGACUCGCUGGGCAAGGAGCAUGUCCAAUUGGGUGACGAUGAAGUGCGCCAGGACGCGGUGAUGGAACAGGUGUUCGAGAUGACGAAUCGACUUCUGGCCCGCGACAGGAGAGCUUCCGCUCGUAACCUCAAGUUCCGCACGUACACCGUCGUCUGUCUUGCGAACCGGAGCGGCAUCAUCGAGUUUGUGGGCAACACGCAGGCCAUUGGUGACUGGCUCAAGGACGCCCAUAUCCGGUACGGCAAGAGUACAGAUCUUGCUCCAGAUGCCGUACGGGACUCCCUGCGCCGCAUUCAAGUCAAGGACCCCGACAGUCCAAAACUUGUCGACACAUGGAAGGCGAACAUGAAGCGCUUCCACCCAGUUAUGCGGCACUUCUUCACUGAAAAACGCCGCGAGCCUCUGGCGUGGUUCCAGAUGCGCCUGAACUACUCUCGCUCCGUCGCCGUCACGUCCAUGGUUGGCUGGAUGGUGGGCCUCGGCGACCGACACUGCUCGAAUAUCCUGAUCGACAAGUCGUCCGGCGAACUGGUCCAGAUUGACUUUGGCAUUGCGUUCGAGCACGGUAUGAAGUUGCGUAUCCCGGAGCGCGUACCGUUCCGCCUGACGAACGAUAUUGUUGACGGACUCGGCAUCACGGGUGUCGACGGCACGUUCAGACAGUGCGCAGAGCACACGCUUCGCGUGCUGAGGGAGAGCAAAGAGCUGAUCCUGACUGUUCUCGAGGUGUUCAAGCAUGACCCUCUCUACACAUGGACGUCUGACGCCACGAAGAUGCGCCGCGCAGGUGGUGGCCGCAGCGACACGGAGCGUGGGCAGGAUCAAGCCGAUCGCGUUCUGUCGCGCAUCAGGGGCAAGCUCGGCACUGAGCUCAGCACCGAGUACCGAGUCAACCAACUGAUUCAAGAGGCUCGUGACCCGGAGCACCUCGCGAAGAUCUUCGUUGGUGAGUAG